AUGCAGCCCCCGCAUCAGCCCUUGCAGCUCCCCACAACCCCCACAGCCUCGCAGCCACCGCAUCCCCUACACAGACACAGCCUCCACCUCUACCGUAGAAGAUCUGUCGCCGUCGUAGGAAGCUGUGUUGCCGUGAUUGGAAGCUCCCUCGCCGUCGUUUGGAAGCUCGUUGGUCGUCUCCUCUGUUCGAGUGUUCUCCUUCUCUCUCUGUGUCGCCGUUGUGUUUCUGCCACUGCCCUUCCUCCUCGCAGCCGGUGUGUUUAUGUGUGCUUAUAUGGUUUCAUGGUAUCUGCUUUGAAUGAGGCAAGACCAGGAAGUGUUAAGUCAGUUUUUAAAGCUUGGAAGGAACGUCUGAAUUCUUCUAGGUUACUAGGAGAACUAGGAACUGGUGGUUCAUCUACGCCAUCAAUGGUUGGUGUUGUAAACAAAUGGCAAAAGUCUGACCCUCAAAAAUCCCUGAACACAUGGAGAAGACUGUCAGAGGCGAAUUCGCAGUUAGAAAUUCAACUGAACUUUUUGAGUAAAUUAGCAAAGGAACAAUGGGAUGCAUAUAAAUCUAUGAUUGAUAGCUGCAGCAAGCUCAGAUCAGAAAAGUGGAUAGAGCAAGCUUCUGAACCCAACAAGGAAGCAGUUAUUAAAGCAUUGCUAGGUGAAAAAGAAGCUAUGCUUGGGAUUAGAUAUCAUAUGCGCCUAAUGGGUGAUACUGCAGGUGUUCCAAUUGAACCAGAAUCACAAACAAAACUUUUAGAUGCUACACUAAACUUGGAAGGAGUGUUGUUGGCUGGAGUUCCAGGAGCAGGAGGAUUUGAUGCUGUCUUUGCUGUUACUUUGGGAGAUUCAAGCAGCAAUGUGACAAAAACAUGGAGCUCACUCAAUGUUCUUGCCCUUCUGGUUAAAGAAGAUCCUUGUGGCGUUUCUUUAGAAAGUGCUGAUCCUAGAACAAAUGAAAUCACUUCAGCUGUAUCUUCAAUUCAUAUUGAAUAA